CAACCAAAAUAAAGUGAGCACAACAAACCCGUAGCGCAUGAUGGCGGCGUCGCUGCUGCGCCGGGACAAGAAAUCCACCGCCGCCCAUCUGAAGGCAGACCUCAAGAGGACUGACAACAGCUCGGGGCUGCGGCAGCUGCAGGAGCUGCUGGAUAGCGUGCUGAACGCGGAGCGGGGCUCGGACCCGGAGGCGCUGGACUGGUGUAAAUGGCUGCUGGCUGGAGGCGACGGCUUCGACGACUUCUGCCGGACCGUCCGCUCCUACGAUAACGCCACCCUCUGCGGGCUGGUGUGGACCGCCAACUUCGUGGCGUACCGCUGCCGGACUUGCGGCAUCUCGCCGUGCAUGUCGUUAUGCGCGGAGUGCUUCAAUAACGGCGACCACACGGGCCACGAUUUUAACAUGUUCCGGAGUCAGGCCGGCGGGGCCUGUGACUGCGGGGACGGGAACGUGAUGAGAGCGAGCGGGUUUUGCAGUAGGCAUCGGUUAAAAACGGGAGAGAAUGUGCCAUCAGUCCCUCGGGAUCUGCUGCUCAUGUCUGAGAUGGUGCUGCCGCGGUUUAUCAUCACCAUCAUUCAGUACCUGAGAGACGGCUACACUGAGCCAGAGUCGGCCGCUGACAGAGAUCUGCAGAAGGUUCUGCAGCAGUUAGACCUGCACAUAUCCUUCUUAGAAGAGCUCACCAAGAUGGGCGGGGCCAUGCGCACUGUUCUCACCAAGAUCUUAACCAAUCAGCAGACCUUUAAAGAACUGAGCAUGGGUCAAGAGGAGAAUGUUUAUGCGAAGAGGAACUAUGAGAAGUAUUUGUCAGCAUUGAAGAGUUCAGGUCUGGUGUCAGUGGAGGAGAAAGGAGCAGGAGCUGGGGCAACAGAUACUCCAGCUGGGGCAGGAGCGCUCAGUCUACUGGGAGCUACUGCUGCUGCCAGUCUGGAGGACUCUAGCAAAGAGGAGGAUCAGGAUGGGCUGCAGGGUGUGGGCCAGAGGAAAAGAGUGAAGCUCAGUAGCAGUACCAAAGAUCCAUCCAUAAUGGACUCCCUGAAACAUAAAUGUUUUUUAGAAGAGUUAUUGUUUUGGACUAUUAAGUAUGAAUUUCCACAGAAGAUGGUCACUUUUUUGCUCAACAUGUUGCCAGAUCAGGAUUACAAGAUCACGUUCACUAAAACAUUUGUACAACACUAUGCCUUCAUCAUGAAGACCCUCAUGAAGAGUCACGAGUCGGACACCAUGUCUAACCGCAUCGUUCACAUCAGCGUGCAGCUCUUCAGUAACGAGGAGCUGGCGAGACACGUCACAGAGGAGUGCCAGUUACUGGACAUCAUGGUCACUGUGCUCCUCUACAUGAUGGAGAGCUGCCUUAUCAAGAGCGAACUGCAAGAUGAGGAGAACAAUCGUCACGUGGUGGUGAACUGUGGUGAAGCUCUACUGAAGAAUAACACCUACUGGCCUUUAGUUAGUGAUUUUAUUAAUAUCCUCUCGCACCAAAGUGUGGCCAAGCGCUUCCUGGAGGAUCAUUCUCUGCUGCUGCUAUGGAUGAGUUUCGUCUCCUUCUUCCAAGGGAUGAAUCUGAAUAAGAGAGAGCUGAAUGAGCACGUGGAGUUUGAGUCUCAGACGUAUUAUGCAGCGUUUGCAGCUGAGCUGGAGGCCUGUGCUCAGCCCAUGUGGGGUCUCCUGACACACUGCAAAGUCAAAGAAACCCAAGAGUACACUAAAACAGUGGUGCGCUACUGUCUGGAAACUCUUCAGAUGUGGUUUGAUGCCAUUGGGUUUGUAGAUGAGCCUGCCCUCAACCAGCUGACCUUUCAUUUGCCUCUCCAUAGAUACUAUGCCAUGUUCCUCAGCAAGGGAGUGAGGUGUCAAGGUCUGGAUUUAGACAGUUUGCUUCCUGAUCAGGAGAUGCUUAUGAAGAUCAUGGUUCACCCUCUUCAGAUACAGGCUAGCCUGUCUGAGAUCCAUAGUAACAUGUGGGUGAGAAAUGGGCUGCAGAUUAAAGGCCAGGCCAUGACUUAUGUGCAGUCUCACUUCUGUAACUCCAUGAUUGACCCGGACAUCUACCUCCUGCAGGUGUGUGCGUCUAGACUGGAUCCAGAUUACUUCAUCUCCUCAGUGUUUGAGAGGUUCAAGGUGGUGGAUUUGCUGACGAUGGCGUCUCAGCAUCAGAACGCAGUGCUGGACUCGGAGCAGGAGAGACCCAUGCUGGAGGGGGCGCUGACCUUCCUGGUCAUCCUGUGCAGUCUCAGAGUACACUUAGGAAUGUCUGAUGAUGAGAUUUUGAGAGCGGAGAUGGUGUCGCAGUUGUGUAUGAAUGAUCGUACCCACAGCUCCCUGCUAGAUCUUAUCCCGGAGAAUCCCAACCCUAAGAGCGGCGUGGUGCCAGGCAGCUGUAGUUUUGAGGAGAUGCUGUCUGCUGUAGCUGAUUUCAAAGCCCCGGUGUUUGAGCCUGGAGGAUCCAUGCAGCAGGGCAUGUACACGCCUAAAGCGGAAGUCUGGGAGAAAGAGUUUGACCCUAUAAUGGUGAUUCUACGCACCGUGUACCGCAGAGACGUGCAGUCGGCCAUGGAUCGAUACGCAGCAUUUUUGAAACAGUCAGGCAUUCAUACGGGGAACCCCUGGCCGCCCUAUAAGGAGAGGACCCCUCUGCACCCCUGCUAUAAAGGACUGGUGCGCCUUCUGCACUGCAAAACACUACAUAUCGUCAUCUUCACACUGCUGUACAAGAUCUGGAUGGAUCAUCAGAACAUGUCUGAACAUGUGUUGUGUAUGGUGCUGUACCUGAUAGAACUUGGACUUGAUAAUCAGGUCCAGGAUGACAAAGUGGAAGAGGAGCCCUGUAUUGAGGAGCACUGCCAUGACAGCUGGUUCCCGGGCACCAGUCUGCUGUCUAACCUCCAUCACGUCAUCAACUUUGUGCGGGUUCGAGUGCCAGAGACGGCACCUGAGGUGGAGAGGAAGAGAGAGAGGGAGAGAGAACAAGAAACUCCAGCCAGCACCAGCUCUGAGAGCAGCACCUUCGGACAGAACCUGCGCGAGGCUCAGGUGUUUAGUCUCGUGGCGGAGCGCAGAAGGAAGUUCCAGGAGAUCAUAAACCGCAGUAACCACGAGGCCAGUCAGACGGUGCGGCCCAAGUCCUCAUCCUCUCGCUGGCUGCCGCCCGGCUCGCCUCCGCAGCUGGUGACCGAGAUCCUGGAGAUCCGUGAGAGCAUGCUGUCUCUCCUGGUCAAGCUGCAUCAGAAACUGUCUGCCAAGCAGAACUCUCUGUCUCUGAGCUGGCUGGCUGAGGUGGAUCCGGCCCAUCACACGCACGGAGAUGGGUUAACAGCCAUCGAACGGAUCCUGGCCAAAGCUGCCGCCCGUAGCCGGCACAGCAAGAGGUGCCUCCAGGAAAUCUGUGGGAAAGUGUGCCCACCCAUACCGCCCAAGAAGAACAGUCCUGGAGAUAAGAAGAGCAUGGACAAGGAAGAGAGGCGUCAAAGGGCCAGAGAGAGACAGCAGAAACUGCUGGCGGAGUUUGCCUCGAGGCAGAAGAGUUUCAUGGAGACUGCCAUGGAUGUUGAGUCACCUGAAACAGAUGCAGUGAUGGACAUGGGCUCGGCAGAACCUCUAGACUCAGAAGUUCUGUAUGACUGUGUGAUCUGUGGUCAGAGCGGCCCAUCUACUGAAGACAGACCCACAGGACUGGUGGUACUGCUGCAGGCUUCAUCAGUGUUGGGGCACCGCUGUCGUAGUGACACACCAAAGCGAUUGCCUACUACGGAUGAGGAACAUAUCUACCCCGAGGACACAUGUGGAGCGGCCCAUGAUGUUAGGCUCUCCCUUAUGCAACGCUACUUUAAAGAUAGUUCAUGUCUGCAGUCUGUGUCUAUUGGCUGGGACGGGGGUGUGUAUGUGCAGACGUGUGGCCACACUCUGCAUAUAGACUGUCACAAGUCCUACAUGGAGUCCUUACGGAACGAUCAGGUCCUUCAGGGGUUUUCUGUGGAUAAAGGCGAGUUCACCUGUCCACUGUGUCGUCAGUUCGCCAACAGUGUUUUGCCCUGUCGUCCUGGCCGUGGGAUGGAGACGGGUGCCUGGCACACACCCAGUAACAAGAGCAUGUCCACAAUGGUGAACGAAGUGGAGGACCUUCAGGAGCAGCUGGGCAUUUUCCCAGUGGAGUCAAAUCUGAGUAAAGAGAUGGAAUCUGUUAUAAAGGACAUUAAAAACACCACGCAGAAAAAAUACAUGGAUUAUGGGAAGAACCCAGGGUCACCUGACAAUGACUUCCUUUUCAUGUACUCCGUGGCCAGAGCUGAUAUAGUCCACAUGCUCACUAAGGGUGCUUUCACACCUGUAAAGCUGCAGGUUCAUCAGGCUUUGCUCCAGAAGCCCCUGCUGGUGUCCGGACAGGUUUUCAUGUGGUCUGAUAUCUGUCACAUCCUCCUACACGCCUGGAGGCUCUACGCAAACUCCAUUCAUCAUGUUACACACUCUAACACUGGUGUGUGUGUGUGUGUGUGUUCUCUGUGUGUUUCAGAUCAGCUGUUUCAUGUGCUGGCCAUGCACAUGCGUCUCUACAGCAUAGAUUCAGCGUACAACCCCUGGACCAGACUCACACAGAGCACGCACAGCAGAGACACUGAGUACUGUGAUGAUGAACGUCCUGAGGUGCCCAUGCUCUUCAGAGACGUCCCGUCCCUCCUCAUCAUCUUCAUCCUUACCAUGCCUCAGCCUUUACGCAGAGAGCACUUUACGUGUGUGGUGAAGGUGCUGUACAGUCUGCAGUACACACAGGCUCUGGCCGCUCUGUCCAUCAGAUUCAGUCGUGAGGAGAGACUCGCCUGGAGCAACACUGCAACUGCCAAGAAGAACACGCCAAACUCUGACAAAUCAUGGGAGUCGCUCCUGGGUCAUGUGAUCUCUGAGCUGACGAAGGCCAAAGAUGUGUAUGACACCAACUCUGAGGAAACAUUCGUGUUGAGCUCCAGUGUGUGGUCUCCUCAGUCCAUUGAGUUCAGCCUACAGCACUUCUGUCUGCCCUUCCUGAGACUGUCCUGUUUACUGCAGCACCACCUGUAUGGAGACAGCUUACCCGGCUGCCUGGUGGAGGAGGAGUUCUCUCUGCUGGCCGGGUGUCUGGGUUUGGCUGGUUCUGUUCAGUCCAGUGCAGCGUGUCUGGAGUGGAACCUCAAUGCUUUCGAUCUGAUCAGUCAGUGGUGUUCAGAAGUCAUCGCUCGGUCCGAUACUCCCACUCAGCAGUCUGUGUCUCUAUUAGUUCAGGAUCCGCAGUGGGCCGGCCCUCGCCUCCUGCACCUCCCAGACAAUUACAACACCAUCUUCCAGUACUACCACAGGAAAUCCUGCACCAGCUGCGGCAAGACCCCCAAAGACCCUGCGCUGUGCCUGGUGUGUGGCGCGUUCGUCUGUCUGAAGGGUCACUGCUGUAAACAGCAGGGCGUCUGUGAGUGUGUGCUGCACUCUCAGCACUGCGGAGCAGCGACUGGUAUCUUCCUCCUGAUAAACGCCUCGGUCAUCAUUAUCAUCCGAGGCCAUCGCUUCUGUCUGUGGGGGUCUGUGUAUCUGGACGCUCAUGGAGAGGAGGACAGAGACCUACGUCGAGGAAAGCCUCUGUAUUUAUGUGAGGAGAGAUACCGCGUUCUGGAGCAGCAGUGGGUCUCGCACACCUUCGACCACAUCAACAAGCGCUGGGGUCCCCAUUACAAUGGACUUUAACAGUACAGCCCAUAACCUGGAGAGGACAGGUCACAUGAUGUCAGUGCCAGCCUCUGUGGCAUCCUCUGAUGAUUUCUGUUGUGUAAUAUAAAGAAAACCUGCAUUGAGUUGGCCACAGCCUGGGUUCAUGUGAAGUUUAGUGUACAAUCAAGCCUAUUGACUAACUAACUAGCGUGUGUGUGCGCGUGUUUUAAAGUGAUUUUUGGUGUGGAUUUAUAGGGGAGAAUUUUGUUUUGUCCCAGCAAGCUCAAGGUGAGUGUCUAGUCUGUUGGACGCACAGAGUGGAAUAAUACUCCCGUUCUGUAACUUUUGGAAAACUGACAUCGUUUUUGAGGAGACAGACUCUUAAAAAAACUAUUUUGACCAAUGUGAAACAAAUCAUGUACAGAUAUCAGAAUGAAUAUCAAAACCUUGAAUGCUAAAGUUACCAAGACUCUCAACAUACCCACCCCACCCCAUGACCACAUCAUGCUAUUUGAGUUAUUUGAGAAACACAUCUCAUAAGACUGACUGUGGGUUCAAAAAGCAGGGUAUGAUGUGAAAUAUCAACCGAUUAGAGCUAAAGCGAGAUUUGUCUGACUCGAGGUGUAGUUGCAGUCAUCCUCAGGUAUUUUAUUUUAUAUAUUUUUUUCUUUUGUUUUGUAGUCUCAGAUAAAAGAUUUUAAUAUUUAA